CAACCCGGAAGUAGGGAUUGAGCCACACAACUCGAGAAGCGCAGUCGGAGUUGCAAGAAUGUUGUUUUGAGUCGCCGUUGAAAAUCAUGGAUUCUGAAACUCAGGGAAGCAAGUUAUCGCCUGAUGUCAAGCCUUUUAUACCUAAAGGGACUGCCAAGGGGAUAUCUUUUCACUCUCAGGAUCAAAACAAUAAGGAAGAAAACCGAAGAGAUGAAUCUUUCCGGAAUUUCUCUUCCACUUUUGAGAAGCAUUCUUCUGAAAGUCUGACAAAAGCACAAAGUAACAGACUUUCAGAGCCUUCACUCCAAAAUGAAGGUGCUAACCCAAGAAAAUAUGAAAAUUUGAGCACUGAGGUUAAGGUUGCAAAGGAAAAGAAGCCAAGGUCUUUGCCAGCUCAGACAUCUCAAUUAAAAUACGAGUCUCGCAUUCAGUGGAAAAAAUCAAAUAUGAGGCCAGCCAGUGCAAAUCUGGGUAGCAGAAGGUGGAAGAAUACCAUGGAGAAUGUGCCAAGACAAAAGGAUCAACCUAAACAUGCAGACACAUUUGAAGUUUCCCUUAAAGAUUUUCCUGAACUGAACACCACAAAUUCUCAAAGCCCUUUUAACUCUCUUCGCCAGAAUCCUAAACAAGCAUGGGUUACAGCUUCACUGGUUACUUCUACGGAUGAAUACUGUGUAACAGAACCAUCAUCUUUAGUGUCUUCUACGGGGAAUGUUGAAAGUGAAAAGAAGCCUAAUUCAUUUGUACCUACGUGUGAACCAGAAUGUGGAUCAUUAAUUAAUAAGUCAACUCCUGAAGUUCAGGUUUCUCAGAAAAUAUUUCCAGAUUCUGUUUCGGUGUUGUCUUGGGCCAGCAUUGCUUCUUUGCCUCCAAAGGUGAUGGUCAAAAAAGAAUCUACUGCUGCAAUUUCUGAAAAAAGUCAGAAACAAAACAUUGGAACUGAAGGAGAUAUUGUAAAUAUUUCUAAGAAAAAAAACAGGAAGAAGAAGAAAAAAACAAGGGAAUCAGACAUUUCUGAAGCGUGUGAAGAAAAUAGAGUUUUAGUGUUGGACCCACCAAAAUUUGAGGAUGAGGAGGAGUUCCCUGAUCUGUCUGCUGCUGCAGCAGGCAAUGAGAGCAAAGCAUCCAAGCAUCAUUUUUCCUACAGUAAUAUGGCAAAGGGGCAGAAAGAGAGUUCAGUAAAUAAAGAUUCUGGCUCAGAAGCAGCAGCCUUAAUUCUGAAUAGGCCCUUGCAAGGAAAAGAUCAACAGAAAAGCAAAACCACAUCAAACCAGAAUAUGUUUAAUGUUAAAGAACCAAUCAAAGCACAGAAAGCAGAGAAAACCAGUGGCAAGAAGAGCAAGGUGCCUGUGCAGCUUGACCUAGGCAAUGUGCUGGCAGUUUUGGAGCAAAAGCAGCAAGCACAGAAAUCAAAGUUAGAUGCCAAAUCUGUUGUACUUUCAGUUGGAGGUGCUCUUCCAGUUAUGCCUAAAGGACCUUCCAUACCGAAGAAACAUCCACGCCAGGUUGAGCAGUUACCUCACAAUCCCUUAGAUUCCACCAGUCCAUUGGUCAAGAAAGGUAAACAGAGGGAGGUUCCGAAGCCAAAGAAGUCAACACCUAUGAAAAGGAUAAUUUUAAAGGAGAGAGAAGAAAGGAAGCAGCGUCGCUUGUAUGAAGAACAAGGAAUAUUUUUUCCUGCUGAAGAUGAAAAUGAUGUUUCUAAGGAUGUCUGUUUUGAUUUACCUCACGAAGAAGAAACAACUGAAACGUGUCUUACAGAACAGUGCGAGACCAAAGAAUCUUCUGCUCCAGACAGCCUCACUGCUGCUAGUCAUCCUAAAAUUCAUAGCAGAAGAUUCAGAGAAUACUGCAGCCAAGUCCUCAAUAAAGAUGUUGAUGAAUGUGUAAUAAGUCUCUUGAAAGAGCUGGUUCGAUUUCAAGAUCGUCUCUAUCAAAAAGACCCAAUGAAAGCCAAGAUCAAAAGAAGACUUGUUAUGGGUCUUCGUGAAGUACUCAAACAUCUGAAACUAAAAAAAGUGAAGUGUGUAAUUAUCUCUCCAAACUGUGAAAAAAUACAGUCCAAAGGUGGGCUAGAUGAAGCACUGCAGACUAUUAUCAGCACUUGCAUGGAGCAGAGUGUCCCAUUUGUAUUUGCUCUGAACCGCAAAGCUCUUGGCCACUGUGUAAAUAAAGCCGUUCCUGUGAGUGUAGUGGGCAUUUUCAAUUAUGAUGGCGCUCAGGACUAUUUUCAUAAAAUGAUUGAUCUGUCAACUAAAGCCCGACAAGAUUAUGAAGAAAUGAUUUCCAGUUUAGAGAAAUGUGAAGAUGAAGGACUUGAAGGUGAAGAAAAUGACCAAAAUCAGUCUGUUGUGGAGGAGAGAAGUCCAGCUCCUCUUUCAGAUUUGGAUGAACCGGAAUACAUUAAACUAUGGAGGAGAAUGCUUGAAAAUGACAACAACUACGAGACCUUUAAUUUUGAAGAAUAUCUUGCUUCAAGGACGCUAAAUUUGAAUUUAACGCAGUCAGAGGACAUUGUUGAUAGCUGACAUUUGACUACAUCCUUAAAAGUUAUGUGGUUUAUUUUUGUAACUUUACUUUUAGUUAACUGUUCAUGUCUUGUAUUUCAGUCUGUAAAAGAAAAACAAACUCGACAGUGCAGACUGAGGCUGAUGAGAUUUCUAGCAGCACACAACAUGUUUUCUUUUGCAUCUCAUGUUAAAAGACUUCAUUUGGGUUUUGAAAUAUUAGGUUCCAUUUUGGGAAUUAUUCAGUAUCUACACUUAGGUACAAGGCCUUCAGAAGU